AUGGAUUUUCUCUUAUUGGCUAUUAACGAAUUUAAUACAGUAGAAGGAACGUUGUCUUUGGUGGGUAUUUUAAACUGUUCAUGGACCGAUGCAUCGUUAGUGUGGACCCCAUCGUCAUAUGGUGGUCUGUCAUCAAUAAACGUGCCUCAAUCCGAUAUAUGGAUUCCUGAUUUAUUUAUAAUCAAUCAAGCGGAAAAGUUUACUCCAUUUGGUAAGUCAUUAGACACCAAAUUAUCAGUGUCCCAUUUCGGCUUAGUGACUUGGUAUCCUGGAAAUGUAAUGAAAGUAAAGUGCUCUCCAAAUCUGGAAAACUUUCCGUUUGAUAGACAAUCAUGUAGCAUCCAAGUUGUAGCAUUUGGAUCAUCAUCAACUGAAGUUAUGUUUGUAAUAUCGCAAACGACAGUUAACACCGACUUUUUUGCAACCAACAAAGAAUGGACGCUUGAUUCGUCAUCACUUGAAGUAGAGUCGAAAGGGCAGGUUACGGUGACUCUUAAUAUUAAGCGUUCUUGGUUGUAUUUUACGGUUACCGUUUUAAUUCCAAUAUACGUAAUUGGUUUAUUGAUCCCUUUGGUGUUUUUGCUUCCAGUUGAUUCGGGAGAGCGUGUAUCUUUUAGUACCUCUAUAUUUCUUUCAUUUACAGUUGUUUUGACACUAGUAAAUUCAGAAAUACCAUCUUUGUCAGAUCCGAUUCCUGCUAUUAUGCUUUAUAUAGCAGUAUUAACGAUAAUAAGCGGUGUAACUGUUGUCAUCAAUGUCGCAAUAUUAACAUACUACUUUUCUCCAGGAGAGGAAGUUCUAUCGCCAUGUUUAAAAAGAUUUGUGUGUGUUUUUGUAACCUCAAACAAAAUAAAUGACAACGAAACUUCUAACGAAAAUGCGAAACAGCGUGUGAAUGAUACUAUAAGAAAAAUAGACGUUGUCAAAAGACUUAAUACGGUUUUCUUUAUAGGAGCAUAUUUUGUCAUCAUAGUAUUGAGUGCUUCGUUUACUAUUGGAACCCGGUUUUUAUAA